AUGUUUGGGAAGAAGAAGAAGCGGGUGGAGAUCUCAGCGCCUUCCAACUUUGAGCAUCGUGUGCACACGGGAUUCGAUCAGCAUGAGCAGAAGUUCACAGGCCUGCCCCGCCAGUGGCAGAGCCUGAUUGAGGAGUCAGCGCGCCGGCCCAAGCCCCUCAUUGACCCUGCCUGCAUCACCUCCAUCCAGCCUGGUGCCCCCAAGACCAUCGUGCGGGGCAGCAAAGGUGCCAAGGAUGGGGCCCUCACGCUGCUGCUUGACGAGUUUGAGAACAUGUCGGUGACACGCUCCAACUCCCUGCGGAGAGACAGCCCACCACCCCCUGCCCGAGCUCACCAGGAAAACGGGGUGCCUGAGGAGCAGGCCACAGUCGCCAAACGAGGCCCAGAGAAGGCAGGCGCCCAGGGCCAGGUUGCUGCCCGCAGAGAGACAGGUGGCGACAGCAGUGACAGGCGGCGGGUGGGGCCAGAGAAGAGGCCCAAGUCUUCCAGGGAGAGCCCGGGGGGCCCCCAGGAGUCCUCCCGGGACAAACGGCCCCUCUCUGGGCCUGAUGUCAGCGGGGCAAAAGUGGCAGCUGGCCGGCCCUUUAACACGUACCCAUGGGCUGACACCGAUCACACAUCCCGUGCUCCCCAGGGGGAACCUCACAGCAGGGCCCCCAAUGGGCCAUCAACAGGGGGCCGAGCUACCCCCCAGUCCUCCUCCACUAGGCCCCUCACCCAAGCCCGAGGCACUCCCAACCCAGGUGUGCUGGGUCCUCAUACCUCCGAGCCCCAGCUGGGCCCUCUGGCCCACACCUCUGCUGUCCCCACCGCCCCCACCAUCCCUGCCACCCUGGGUCCCCCUGGCCCUCGCUCACCACAGCGGGAGCCCCAGCGGGUGUCCCAUGAGCAGUUCAGGGCCGCCUUGCAGUUGGUGGUGGACCCUGGUGAUCCCCGCUCCUACCUGGACAACUUCAUCAAGAUCGGCGAGGGCUCCACGGGCAUUGUGUGCAUCGCCACUGUGCGCAGCUCAGGGAAGCUGGUGGCCGUUAAGAAGAUGGACCUGCGCAAGCAGCAAAGACGUGAGCUGCUCUUCAACGAGGUGGUUAUCAUGCGGGAUUACCAGCAUGAGAACGUGGUGGAGAUGUACAACAGUUACCUGGUGGGCGACGAGCUCUGGGUGGUGAUGGAGUUCCUGGAAGGAGGUGCCCUCACUGACAUCGUUACCCACACCAGGAUGAAUGAAGAACAGAUCGCAGCUGUGUGCCUGGCCGUGCUACAGGCCUUGUCUGUGCUCCACGCCCAGGGUGUCAUCCACCGAGACAUCAAGAGCGACUCCAUCCUGCUGACCCAUGACGGUCGGGUGAAGCUGUCAGACUUUGGGUUCUGUGCCCAGGUAAGCAAGGAGGUACCACGGAGGAAGUCGCUGGUGGGCACGCCCUACUGGAUGGCUCCUGAGCUCAUCUCCCGCCUUCCCUAUGGACCAGAGGUGGACAUCUGGUCUCUGGGAGUCAUGGUGAUUGAGAUGGUAGACGGGGAACCCCCGUACUUCAACGAGCCACCCCUCAAAGCCAUGAAGAUGAUCCGGGACAACCUGCCACCUCGGCUAAAGAACCUGCACAAGAUGUGA